UCUGGUUCGUUGCCGCCGGUGAGGUCAUAGAGCAUCCUAGUCCCCGAGUGUCUCCCAGCUCCUCAGCACCAGCCAGGCCGUUCAUGAGCGCUGAGCUAAUGCCUGGGUGUGCUCCCCGCACGCUCCUUGCACGCUCCCCACCCAGCAGCCCCCCACUGCCCUGGGCACAUUCUGGGCAGUUGGGGCCUCAGGUGCACACCAGGCCCUGGGUGAGUGGAGAGAGGCAGAAAACAGUCAGAGAAAAGCAGGGCUGGAAGGGACCUGGAAAGGCCCCGGUGCCCAGCCCCCGCUCAGUGGGGCUGAGGGUCCCCGGUGCCCAGCUCCCGCUCAGUGGGGCUGAGGGUCCCCGGUGCCCAGCCCCCGCUCAGUGGGGCUGAGGGUCCCCGGUGCCCAGCCGUGCCCUGUCACAGAGUUAAUAGAAAUCAGAGAAAUGUUGGGGGUGAAAAAGACCUUGAAAGGGCAACUAGUGAAGUCCAGCCCCCGCGCUGGGGCAGGGCCGCAUAACCCUGGACCAUCCCUGGCGGGGGGUUGUCCAACCUGUGCUCAAAACCCUCCAGUGACGGGGAUCCCACAGCCUCCCCUGGAAGCCUAUUGCAGAGCUUAGCUCCCCUGAGAGGGAGAAAGGGUUUCCGAAUAUCUACCCGAGAUCUCCCUGGCUGCAGAUUGAGCCCAUCACUUCUUGUCUGGCCUUCCAUGGACAUGGAGAACAAUCGAUCCCCGUCCUCUUCAGAACAGCCCUUAACAGACGUGAAGACUGUUCUCAGGUCCCCCUCAGUCCUCGGCUCUCCAGGCUAAACAGGCCCUGGUUUUAAAGCUUUCCUCCCAGGGCAGGUUUUCUAAACCUUCCAUCAUUUGUGCUGCUCUCCCAGGAUUGUCUCCAGUUUGUCCACAUCUGCCCUACAGUGCGGCCCCCAGACCUGGACACGAACCCCCGCUGAGGCCUCGCCAGUGUCCCGCUCUGCUCGGCAAUCCCCUCCCAUGUCUGACAUACGACACUCCUGUUAAUACACCCCAGAAUGACACCAGCCCUUCUCCCAGCUGCAGCUGGAGGCUGAUGUGCCGUGCAGGAUCCCCAGGCGGGGGGCGAGAGAGGCAGUGCCAGCCCUCGCUAGCUAUCCACCUCACCAUUGCUGGGGCCUGGCUUAUGGGUCCUGGGCGGGAGUUCCCCAGUGGUCCGAGCAGGCAGCGAGCCAGGCAGCCACUGCUCUCUUUGCGUCUUUGCUGGCUGACCUUCCUCGUGCUCUGAGAUGUGGGGCGAAGGGCCCUGCUGGGCUGAGCUCCAUGGCUGCGGGGACAGUAGCUUGGCUUUGGCGCUGCUGAUGGCAGCAUUUGCCUGGCCUAAGACCUGCCAUGCCCACCAGAGACAGCCUGGGCCCGGCUGGAAACAGGCCAGGGAGAGGAGGGGCCUUGCCCGGGGGCUGGGCAGCGAGAGCUGGGGCAUGGCAGGUCUCUCCGUGUUGCAGAGCAGGGACCCUGUGCCCAGAGUGGGGCAGUGAGGAGUUCAGGUGUGGGUGGGGUGGCGGGGGGGCUAGAGCCAUGGGGCCCUGUGUCGUGGCUACCCAGAACGUGUCAGAGGGAGAGGAGAAGAGCCUGGCUUGGCUGGAGAUUCUGUCAUUCAGCAACAGCUCUGGGCAUUCAUCCCACUGCAGAGCUCCGCCCUGUCCUUUGGGGGUGGCCCUGGCCCCACAGGAGCUCAAGGGCAGAGGCAGGGUCAGCAGUGGCCAGUGCUUCAGCCAUGGCACGGCCCCCCCUGCCCGGGCACCAGCCCCCCCAGACCCUCCACUUCCCCGAGACACCCAUGAGAGCGUCCACACUGGGUCAGACCCAGGGUCCAUCCAGCCCCGUGUCCUGUCUGCCGACCGUGGCCAAUGCCAGGUGCCCCAGAGGGAGUGACCAGAACAGGGAAUCACCAAGUGACCCAUCCCCUGUCGCCCAUUCCCAGCGUUUGGCAAAUGGGCCAGGGACACUCUCCCUGCCUAUGUCAAGCCAGGCCCCCCAUUGCCCAGCACAGGCCCUGGGCAGCAGGUGCCCGGGGCUGGAAUUCAGGAGGCCCCAGGCCUGUGCUCAGCCUGCUGGCACUGUGGCGGGGAAGGGUUAACAGCUGUUUCUGAUCAGGCGUGCUGGGCUCCAUUAGCUGUGCCUGAGCAUCCCCAUCACCGGGCUGCUGCUGGAGCUGGAGCUGGAGGAUGCUGCCAAGGGUGAAGAGCAGGGAGCAGUGUGCCAUGGCGACUGCAGCGCAGCUCCUUGCCUGGAGCCUGGUCCUGGGGCCGGCGCUGCUCCCAGCCUCUCCCCUGCCCCAGCCGUUCAGCAGUGAGCGACACUCCAGGCCAUGGGCUGCAGGAGCCUCCCUGGGCCCUGGCUGGGUGCAGGAGCUGGCUGGGUGGCCCCCUCUGGGCAGCCCCUCCGAAGAGGCUCUCUGGACCCGCCAGGAUCUGCCAGCCCUCUCCCCAUUGGCGCUGGCUGCCCCAGGGGGGAGCCUGGUCUUCAGUGGGGCUGGAGAGCCGGAUGAUGAGCUGUGGCGAGGCUCCAAUCCUGCCCACUCUGCAGCCAUCGGCCAUGACGCGGGGACCCCCCCUGCCCCAGCAGGAAGCUCUGCUCUCCCACCCCCGGCGUGGCCCCUGCUCCUGGGGGCUGACGACUCUCAGCAGACGCUGGAGGUGCCCCCGGCUCCGGGACCUGCUGGCACUGUGGGCGCUGGCCCAGCCACUGCCACGUUCCGGGGACACACUGGGCUUGGCUCGGGGAGCUGGCCCUUCACGCCCACGCCGGGCUCCGGGGCUCUGAGAACCGAAGGCAGCCCAGGAGCCUUGGCUUUCGAGAGCAGAGAACGGCCCUCGGGCUCAGAGCCCAGGAGCCUGCAGCCAGUUUUCCCCAGCCCGGCCAGGCCUCCUGGGGCAGAGAGCAGCCCAGGCCCUGCUGGGCAGGACAGUCCUGGCACAGCUGGGACGCCACACCCCAGGCCAACGGUGUCCACUGUCACCUUGGCGGCCAGGCCGGGCUCCGCAGCAGGAGCCAGCAGCGCCGAGGGGUGGCAGGCGGCAGACGCAGGCCCUGGGAGCGUGGGUCAGGAGGGCCAGCCUGUGAGCUGGGCUCCAGGGAAGGGGCAGCCGGCCCCUCAGGCCAAUGUCCCCCGGGAGCCCAGGGAACCCCUGGAGCAUGUCUGGGAGAAGGGCCGGGCUUCCUACACCCAGGGUUACUCCCUCCCUCCCUGGGGCAAUGCCCAGGGGCUGCCCCCGCACCCCACAGGCAGGGAUGGCCAGCCCCAGCCGGAGGCAUGGUGGGUCCCUGGAGCCAGCCUGGCUGCUAGGCCUGCUGCUACCUCCCAGCCGCAGCAGACGCCUGGAGCAGAGGGCUCCAUGGCUGGUAUGUGGCCUGGUCUUCCUCCCGCUGUGCUCAGCGCUGGCCGCCUGGCAGAGCCGGCUCCCCCAGCCCCCGGGAGCCCCACCUGGAGGCUCACCCCAGCCCGGACGGAAACCAGAGCCCCGGCCUGGACAGAGGGGCUCUCGGCUCAUCAGAGAAGCACUCGGCGGGCGCUGCCUGGAUCCGCGACCCAGCCACCGCACCUCCCCAGGAAAGCUGCUCCUGGUGCAGAACAGGGAGCGGAGCACCCCCACGCCAGGCCCACCCUCCACACCAGCCUGGGAACGUCGCCUGCCCCAACGCCUCCUCGCCCAGGGGCUGCAGCAAAGGAGGAGAUUGGGGCCCCACAGCGAGUCCGGGGAGCGGUGGACCCAAGAACCCCCGUGAACGCCACCUCCACGGCCCCCUCUGCCCCCAGGCUGCCGCCGCCGGGGACGCUGCACUCAGAUGGGACCCGACCUCCUGGCCAUGGCAGCACCACGGCCCCCGUGCCCACCCCACCCCAGUCCCCAGCCACUCCCCAGCGGGGUCUGAUCAGAGUCAGCACCCAGCGAGCUCUCCAGCGCCCCCCUCUGCCCAAGCCUGGGCCCAGCGUCCCAGCCACGGUGCCUGCCUCUAGCCUGCCCUGCCCCCAUGCCAGUGGGGCCUGCAGCCUCCUGCAGCCCAACCAGACGCUGCUGCGCUGGGCUGACCUGCAGCGCACGCUCGGCUUUGCCUGGGAGCUGCACGUCUAUGGCGCCAGCGCCCUCUUCCUGCUGCUCAGCCUGGUCUGCGUGGCCAGCCUCAUCGGCUCGCCCCUCCUGGACCUGCCCCACCUGCCCUACACGCUGGGUGCCAACGCCCUGCUGCUGGGUGCCGGCCUGCUCCGCGCCACCUUCCUCCUCAGCGACCCCUACGGCGCCAGGGCCAGGCUGCCCGCCCCGGCCGUGCGGCUGCUGUACAACGCGCCCUUCCCGCUGCUGCUCAGCGCCUUCGCCCUGCUGCUGCUGCUGCUCCUGCGCGUGGCCCAGCUGCAGCUGCUGCCGCCCCCCCUGCAGAGCCUGCCCCUGCUGGCUGCGCUGGCUGCGCUCCAGAGCACCGUGCUGCUGGGAGCCGACCUGCUGAGCCCCGUGCUGAGCCCCGUGCUGGGCGUGGGGCUGCACCUGCUCUCCUGCGCCUGCGGCACCUCCCUCAUGCUGGCCAACCUGGCUGCAUAUUGGCAGCUGCGGCCCCAGCAGGCUGCCAGGCCGGGCGAGGCCCAGCGGGUGUCGCUUGGCUGUGAGGACCCCCAGGAGCUGCCUGGCCAGGCGCUGGGCCCCUGCCCGCGGGUGCUGCUGGGGUGCAGCGCUCUGGGGCUGCUGUGCUGUGGGCUCCAGGCCUACGGGGUCCUGUGGCUGGGGGCGGUGCUGGGCCCGCCAGGGGAGUUCUCCUGGCUCUGGUGGUUCGUGCAGUUCUGGUUCCGAGUCUGCGAGCUGCUGCUGGCCUUUGGCCUGUGCUUCGUGGCCUCACACCCCUUCUGCCAGUGCUGCGGCUCCGCUGACCACACCUGCUGGGCCAAGCUCGUCCGCCACUUCUGCACCUACCGCAAGGCCGAGGCGCCCGAGUACCCCAACAACUGCUACGACUGGGCCAAUGGCAUGCAGGAGCGGGCAGCCAGCACCGACAUCAGCAAGAGCCUGAUCCGCAACCCGCCCGAGCAGCUGCACCUGCGGGCGCUGAAGGACAGCAAUGAGGGGAGGGCGCCUGAGGCCUUCUCUGCCGGGGGCUCCCCCUCCUCCCUGGGCCGGCCUGCGGUCAGCCCCAAGUGCCCCAAUGCCGCGCGCGUGGGGCGCUCCUACACCAGCGUCUGCUUCGAGAAGGAGUCGGUGCUGUCGCUGGGGGAGCUGGAGUUCCGCCCGCCCUCGCCCAUCAGCCUGAGCCGCAGCAUCGAUGAGGCCCUCUUCAAGGAGCACCUGGUGCGCGACAGCAUCUUCCUGCGCUCCAGCCUGCAGUGCCCGGGGCGCCUGGCGCGCCAGGACUCCUGCUCCUCGCUGCGCAGGAGCCCUGCCCUCACGCCCAUGGCCGAGCCCCUGCUGCCCGCCAAGGCCUGGCAGCGGCGCAGCAGCGACCCCGACUACCUGUACAGCCUGGCCCGCUGCAGCUCGCUCAGCGACCUGCCCUCCCAGAGCGCCAGCCUGCCCCCCAGCAAGGGCCUGCCCAGCGAGCCCCCCACCGAGGGCGCCAUCUCGGGCAGCUCCCUGGACAGCUUCUCCAAGGGCUCCCUGAAGAUCAGCUGGAACCCCUGGCGGCACGGCCUCUCCUCGCUGGAGAGCCUGCCCCUGGAGGAGACGCCCAGCCGGGCCCCGCUGCUCCCCGAGGAGGCCCCGGGGCCCAGCACCGCGGCAGGGGCCGCAGACUCUGAGGGCGAAGCCAGGCGGAGCUUCCUGGCGCUCAGCAAGCAGGUGGAUUCCCGCAGCCUGUCCAGUGACACCAUUGAACUGUGAGGGGCAGGGCCAGGGCAGCCCCCCUCAGCACCGUGCGGAGGAGAGCAGCCGGCGCCCUGCCAGGGGGAGCCCACGACUGAGGGCUCCCUGCUGGCCCCAGCCUGGCCUAGUGCCAACCCCCAACCCCCAUCAGUGAUUUUUAUGGAGAUCUAUUUUCCCAGCUCAGAUUUUGCACUGGGGGGGGGGGGGGGCAGGGAGCUGGGCCAGCCCAGGAAACACGAGCACGGGGGGGGGGAGGACUUACUUUCCCAGCCCACGCUGCAGAGCCAGGCCGGGGCUGGGGGCAGCGCUGGCUCCGGCUGAGUGAGGGCCAAGGCCAGGGAGGAGCACCCGGCCCAUGGAGCCAGGGCUGCUGCAGGGGGGGGCAGGUGGCCUUAGCUAAGGAGGACCCAGGGGCACGGCAGGGCUGAGUCCCCCACCAGGGAGCAGCUCUGGGGUGAGGCUGCCCCAGGGACCAGCACUGCACAGGCACCAUGACAGGAGCUCCCUGCCCUGAUCCCAGGGGGCAGCCCCCACCGGGCCCCUGCCUGCAAAGAGGUGCAGGCCCAGGGGUAGGGGGGGCUGUGGCUGUGGGUCUGUUUGUGCCAAAAGAA